CAAAAAGAACGAUUUGAGUGGUUAUUUACAUGUCUCCGGUGAAAAGUGAUAGACGCCUGUCUGUUCGAUUGAUUUGAGUGUUGACUUGUGUCUCGUUUUUAGUGUGUCUAUAUGUGUUCUGCGGAUUCUGGGACUAGGAAGCAAUAAUCGCCGUGAUCUCGAGAUCACGUGCAAUCGAGUGUGGUGUGGCUCUUUCAGAGCGAUUGAAUUUGGCGGUUCACUGUUCAGCAUAUUAUUGGUGUCGUUCGAGGCGAAGAUAAAGAAAAACAUUUUCGCAACAGUGGAAAGCGGUGGACGCAGUUGCGAGAUGAAGUUGAUAUUUGUGUUUACGCUUUACUUAUCACUGGUAGUCCUACAAACCGGGGCGAAUCCUGUGCGAAUCAGCAAACCCAGAGCCCUUGUAGCAAGUCGCGAGGAACGUUCGGUGAGCGCCGCCCAAGAUGGCAAUCACAAGGAACCGUCAAAGCCCCACUACCUCCUACACGUCGUACCCGCAGAGGAGAGUGAGUUCGAUAAGCUGAUGGAUUUUUUCGCAGUUGGGGAGAUCGAUUCGCCCACCGAAUCAGUAGUAUCUCCCCUAAAGAACUCCUACGGAUCCUAUGAGCCACGACAAGAUGAUUUAACCGAGGAGCUGCUGCCACCACCGGUGGAACAAGCCGAGCCCAAUUAUUAUGCCGUCAAGCCAAGGAAAACCAAGAAAUAUACCCCGAGCCAAAAGCUAAUCAAUAUUAAAAAUUCGGAGCAUUACGAAAAUUCUGAUAACGCAAACUCCAAAGGUCAAACGAACGAGGGCUACUUCCUAGACGAGAUUGAUUUGGAUAAGCUCCUGGCGUCCGCCUGGUUAACCGAAGCCGAUGCGGAUGUGGAAGCGAAGGGACACUCCAAGGAGCUCAAGAAUGAAGAACUCAACACGGGAGAAUUUAUGCCUAGUCAGCAGAGACGAGUGGACGAGAACACCAAGAGUUUGCCUAGUGAGAACGACGGUGCUCGAGUCGAUUAUCAGUUGCAUGGCCACAAAGGACCCGAUAGCUACGCUUUCGGAUAUGAUACCGGUAAAGGGAAGAAGCGCCAGUUUCACGUAGAAGAACGCGACAAUGAUGGAAAUGUAAGAGGACGCUAUGGAUAUUACACCAGGGGUGGGAAAUUCCGCAUCGUAGAUUACACUUCAUCGCCAGAGAAAGGCUUUCGGAUCGAGAGCUAAAUGCAAUAAUCAUUCGUUGUAGAUAUUUAUUGUUUUCUAUUAUAUAAAUUUCAAUAAAAUAAAACACAACAAAUCAAA